AUGUUCAAGCGUGAUCGAGCGCGCGUCAUCCUGCUCUGCCACGCGCUGCUGGAUGUCCGCGCUCCCCCCAUGACCACGCAAGGAGGCAGGGAGCAGCAGCAGGGGGGCGACAUGGAGCAGAGGGGCAGCAGCAGCCGUGCCUUCUCACCCUCGCCUCGCCACAGUAUUCUCUCAGGUCUGCAGCCGCUUUCUCAGUUCUCUUCAGUUCUCUCCUUGCCGGUUGAGGGGAGGGGCGUGGGGUCAACACCGCCACUCCCCUACACUCCUCCCCUGUGGCUGUGCAGGUGGCAGCGGUGGGAGGGAAGGGGAGCAGCACUCCACUCGGCUAGGGUGGGAAGGGAGAGUAUUGGGAUUGGGUCGUCUGAAAUAAGGCCAGCGCAAGCCAGGAGGACGGAAGCAGGCGAGCAGCAGGCGACGGGAGCACCAGGGCGGGCAGCAGGAGCGCGGGCAGCGGGGCAGCAGCGCCGGCCUCAUCAACGGUUGAGGUUGCAGUAUCGCCCCUGCCACCACACUCCACUCGAGCCCACUCCCCCUCAGGUUCAGGUGGCGGGGAGGGGUGUGGGGUCAACACCGACGCUCCCUCACGCCCCUCCCCUGUGGCCGUGCAGGGAGGAGGCACCUGGAGGAGGGCUGCUGCGGAGGGAGGCAGCUGGUGGUGCUGCAGCUGUCUUGAGCUCUCCCUCACGCUAUCAGCUAAGUGCAGGUUCCCUUGGCGUCUGUGCCGUGUGGCCUGGCCUCAACCAGUGGCCCUCCCUUUCUCUUCCACAUUUGGCAGUGGAGAUGAGGGGCGCUGGGGUCAACACCGACGCUUCCCCACGCCCCUCCCCUGUGGCCGUGCAGGGACUCGUGGGGACGGGAGGGAGGCAGCACUGCAGCAUGGCAAUCCCACUGCAGCAAGGGAGAGUAUCGGGAUGGGCUUGGCCUCUCAAGUGGCUCCUCCUCCCUUCCCUUGCGUUGGAUUUCAAGUCACAGUUUCCCAUUCAACUUGCUCCCACCACCGCGCUCAAACUAGCUCUGUGUGUGCGCGUUGCAGGUGGGGGGGAGGGGUGUGGGGUCAACACCGACGCUCCCUCACGCCCCUCCCGAGUGGCCGUGCAGGGAGGGGGGCAGCACUCCACUCGGCUGGGAUGGAAUGGGAGAGUAUCGGGGUCGUCUUGA